AUGGCUAUCUGGAGAACACUGGGACGCUUGUCCAGCCAGGCUUGGACAUCUACAUCUAUAUCUGCUUCUCGCAUUGGAUCUCAAUCAUUGAACCAAUUGCGAAUGAGCUCAUCUGCAGCCAUGGCAUCAGAAAGUCAAACCGCCGCAGCAGAGAAAGGCUACAAAAUCGUGCAAGACGCAGGCAACUUCGAUGAAGUUCAAGCCACUCGUCCAGACUUCAAUCACUCUGCAGGUAUUGAAGUCACCAAGUCCCCCAAUCCCAAUUGGAACUAUGGAGAUGGGGUCCCAGACAACGGCGCCAGCCUUGCCCAGAAACACCAUGAGAUCGAUCCCUACGCCCCAGAUCGGCCAAUGAUCAACAACUAUCGCCUCCUCGUCUCUGGGAUCGCACCACGACCCGUUGGAUUCCUGAGUACCGUGAACUCCAAGGGCGAGAAGAAUCUCUCCCCCUUCAGUUACUUCCAAGUCAUCGACCACGACCCACCCAUGUUCAUCGUAGGCUUCUCGUCCCGACCCGGCCGUGUCAAAGAUACAUAUCACAAUCUUAAAGAAACCGGCGAAUGUGUGAUCAACACCGUCUCGGAAAACAUGAUCGAGGCAGUCAAUGCCACCUCCAUUGAUGCGCCGUAUGGGGUCUCCGAGUGGGACAUUUCAGGUCUACACGAAGCGCCCUCGAGUACGGUGAAACCGGCCCGUGUCGCAGAAUCGGUCUUCAAUAUUGAAGGGAAGGUGAUUGACAUCAAGGAAUUCAUGGAUCAUCAGAAACCGGGGAUGAGUCUGGCCGCGACGGUCUUGAUCAAGGCGACUCGGUUCUGGGUUAAAGAGGGAACUUCGGAUGCUGCCUUCAGUCAUAUUGAUCUCGAGAAGUUGCGGCCUGUUGGUCAACUUGGGGGCAUGUCGUAUGGGCGCAUUUCGUCAACUUUUGAGACUCCACGGAAGCGAUGGAGCGACGAGGUUCAAAAGAAUGAGGCUUUGUCUAAAUUCGAUGCUGGGAAUGGUGAUGAGGUCUGA